AUGGAGAGGAUCCGCUCCGCGGGGCUGCUCAGGACGCAGGGGCUCAUCGCUGGGAAGUGGGUGGACACCUACGACGGGAAGACCAUCAAGGUGCAAAAUCCAGCAACUGGUGAGGUCCUUGCAAACGUGCCCUGUAUGGGCAGCAGAGAAACAUCUGAUGCUAUUGCUUCUGCUCACAGUACAUUCUAUUAUUACAGUUUGGCUGCUGUUUUGCCCCCUCCUACUACAGAGCUUCCGAUCUUCUGGAGCGUCCAUGAGACCAUGACUGGUGGCUUCCUCAAACUUACAAACUAUGUUAGUGUGAACUACUGCAGCUUGCCCCUGCGGACGACAGUUUGCUGGGUGUAG